AUAUAUACCCAUUAGCCUAAGAAGAAGAAAAAGAAAAUGGGUCACGUUAAAACUGGAGCGAAAUUAUUGGUUACACUAACACUAGUACUCCUCCACCUUAUUCCAGCAAUUCCAACCUUUUCCGAAUUCAACCGCCACCAUGAAAUCACCCUGUUGGACAAACACUUCACAGCUGCGGAGUACGGCGCUAGAGUUGUGAGAGUUCGAAAAGACGGAACCGGAGAUUUCAGGACGGUGACGGACGCCGUUAAAAGUAUUCCAUCAGGAAACAAAAGGCGAGUGGUGGUGUGGAUUGGUAUGGGAGAAUAUAGAGAGAAGAUAACGGUUGAUAAGUCGAAAGGUUUUGUAACGUUUUAUGGGGAGAGGAAUGGGAACGACAAUGACAUUCCAAUUAUUACCUACGACGCAACUGCUUUGCAUUAUGGGACACUUGAUAGUGCAACGGUCGCUGUCGAUGCUGAUUACUUUGUUGCUGUCAAUAUCGCAUUUGUGAACUCGUCUCCUAUGCCGAAAGAAAAUAGUGUUGGAGGACAAGCUUUAGCGAUGAGGAUAUCAGGGGAUAAGGCUGCAUUCUAUAAUUGCAAGUUCAUUGGAUUUCAGGAUACUUUAUGUGAUGAUAAAGGAAGACAUUUUUUCAAGGAUUGUUUUAUACAAGGAACCUAUGAUUUCAUCUUUGGAAAUGGAAAAUCCAUAUACUUGAGAACUACGAUAGAAUCGGUUGCGAAGGGUUUGAAUGUUAUAACAGCACAAGGUAGGGAAAACAUGUCGGAAGACACUGGAUUCACGUUUGUGCACUGUAAGGUAACUGGAAGUGGUUACAGAAACACUUACCUCGGACGUGGUUGGAGAAGGAGCCCUAGGGUUGUAUUUGCAUAUACCUAUAUGGACUCUGUCGUCAAUUCCGUAGGAUGGUUCCACCAUCAUGAAUCCAAUGAGACAAUCUAUUUUGGAGAAUACAAGUGCAUUGGACCAGGUGCUGCUUCCUCUGCUAGAAGAUUAAAAUAUCAAAGAAUACUAUCUGAUGAAGAAGCAAGACCUUUCUUGAGCAUGGCUUAUAUUCAAGGAGAUGAUUGGGUUCGUCCACCUCCCAAGUUGUGAUGAUACAAAUUUAAUUAAUAUAUACAUGUGAAAACUUUAAUAUAUAUGAGAAAAAAUUCACACAUACAUGAUGAUAAUAUCGUGUGACAAAGUCUUACGUAAAACUAUAUAUAUGAAAACUUUGCUUUGUGUGUAGUACUAGUACUUGAUUGUUGAAAGGUUGUACAUGUGAAUUUUCUUUGGUGUGUGAAGUAUGGACAUUGUUACUAUAUAAAGAAAGAAAAUAAAGGAAGAUAUGGAGACAGCUGGAUAAUCA